CCCAUCUCUCCCACCGGGAGGCGUUCGGGGGUCUGGGCCUGGGCACUGACUUGGCACUGCAUAAUCACAAAGGGCCGGAGCCUUAAGGAGGAUACAGACGCAUGCAGUAGCAGCGUGGAGACACCGCACGCGCUCAGACACACACACACGCGCUUGAGCACCCCCGUACGCCACCAACCAGACAGAGGACCCUCUGGAUUCGGAAAUGUACCCAUAUUAUUUCUGCUCCACCCUGCUCCUGACUGGACAUCUAUGCCACAUCUCGACAGCUCAAACUGCCCGGGUACCAGUCAGCAGGACAACGAUAGGUUCUCAUCUAACUACGUCCUCAGAGUCCAUGCACUUCGACGCAGAGCCCCCACCAGUGCGGGGGCUGUCACCCUCCCCGUUUAGCCAAAAAAAUGUGACGGAAUCGAAGAGUGACAAGAAGAUACUGUCUGUGGCUGUAAAACCUGAGCCAAUGCAUCGCACGACAUCAGAAACGCCAGCUGCCACGACGUUAACGGACACUAUUGGGAAGAGCAGCUGGGCAGUCACCCCACCAGGAAACACCAAUACAGCCAAUCAUUCUUCAGCACGGGCAAUGCCCACUACAGCCAGGACCCGCCCCCAGGCCGUGACAGCCUCCCAUGCCACUAGAUCAGUGCUGACAACAGCUGCGAGGAAAUCUGCAGCAGCGCCAACUUCACUCAGCAACAGCACGGGGAUGGUUCCCACCCCGGCUCCGGAAAACAGCCUGGCCAUGAUCGCCUUCGGAGUGAUGAGUUUCGUUCUCGCCCUCAUCGUCGUCAUGGUGAUUUUGCUGACCGCUGUGAAUAUGAAAGGACGGUGCCAAAAGAACAAGGGCGAAGGUAAAAAGAUCUGCGAUUCUCUGGUGUCAGAAGGCAACGUCCCAAUCACUGGCAGGAAAGAGAGCAUAACUUUGGUGUCUGUGAAGAUGAUAAACGCGGAGACAGAUAUAGACACCCCACUGAUCCCAUCAGCUAACAGCACCCUUCAGGACAGCGAGGAAAUGCUUAAGGUCCUGUUGAACAGCAAGGUGUGAGCCCAUUGUGACCAGUCUUGCUGAACAAGAGACCCUCAUAGUCACUGUGAGCAAUAAACAAUUGAUACAUGCACAA